UGCGUGCGAUUGCGAAUCAAGUUAGGUUAUGUUCGUGUUUACAUUUUUCCAGUGUUGUAAAAUUAUAAUUGAUUUAUAAAAGUAAUAUAUUGUUUUCUCACGGCAGUAUUUUGAAAACGAAAAAUGGGAAAACAAAAAAAGACGAGGAAAAUAGUGGAAAGGAAGUUCGCUAAGAUGAAGAAAAUGAUAAGUCCAAGUGAUAGUCGAAUAAAGGAGGCUGUAAGAGCCGAACCAAAGAAGAAAAAGCCAGAGGACCCUCACGCGUUGAAGAUUCGUGAGGUGCCACAAGCAAGCUCUGCCUUGUUCUUCCAGUACAACACGCAGCUUGGUCCGCCGUAUCACAUUCUCAUCGACACUAAUUUCAUAAACUUUUCUAUAAAAAAUAAACUUGACAUAGUACAGAACAUGAUGGAUUGUCUGUAUGCUAAAUGUAUUCCGUACAUAACAGACUGUGUGCUGGGAGAGUUAGAAAAGCUCGGCCGCAAAUACCGUGUUGCUUUAAGGAUAAUAAAAGAUCCUCGAUUCGAGAGGAUAGCAUGCCUCCAUAAAGGGACCUAUGCUGAUGACUGUAUAGUACAGAGAGUGACCCAACACAAGUGUUAUAUUGUAGCAACUAAUGAUAAGGACUUAAAGCGCAGAAUAAGGAAGAUCCCUGGUGUGCCAAUUAUGUAUGUAGCUGAGCACAAGUAUACUAUAGAGAGAAUGCCAGAUGCUUAUGGUGCACCAAAAGGUGCUAUUUAGUAAUAAAUCAUAUUUUAGUUUA